AAUAACCUCCUUACUCAGUGUCGCUGAGGUGGACCUUGUCGGAAGUCGUAAGGAAGAGGACAGGAGAGCUGCUGUCUGGGACGUCCAGUGGGUGAAACAUGAAGGUCGGGACUGUUAAUGGAUGGCCAGGAGAGAAGUGACCCCCGUGUGGAAGUCCUUUGCUGCAGCUCACAACUGACUCCAAGAUGCUUCAAAACAUUCAGUACACGAAACUGCGAUGGUUGCUAACCAUUGGUGGACUACUCUUGUACAUUGCGGACAUCUGGACAGAUCUGGCACUCUCCGUGAAGUACGUUCUCGACGAACGUUAUAUAUUGUCAGCACUGACUUUGGGGUUUGUUCUGGUCGGGAUGCUUGUGACUCAGACUUUCAGCUAUGCCUGGUACAAGGAUGACAUCAAUGAUGUGUUCAUAAACCCUCAAGGAAUAGCGACAAUAUCAGGAAUAUCCAAAUGUGGGCUUGCUGUCUUCCAUUUGUGUGGUGCAGGUAUUUUCACCAGGUACUACCACCUGCUCAAAAAUGGGUUCCGUGUGGUUUGGACCAAUUCCUCCAAAGAGGAAGAGACAAAGGAAGUGCACCAUCGUCUGUUUUGCCAAGCCACCGACCUCAGCAUGCUCAAACUAUUUGAGGCUUUUUUGGAGAGUGCACCCCAACUUCUACUCCAGAUCUACAUAGCUCUGCACCAUGGCGACACCUCCAUCAUACAGUAUUUGUCUAUGGUCCUGUCCUGUUUUAACAUCGCCUGGGCCCUGGUGGACUAUCGGCGCUGCCUGCGGAGGUCCCUCCCCCACGUCACGGAGAUGCCCUCUGGACUCCCCACUGCGAUUUACCUGCUCUACAAGCUCUGCACCAUCAGCAGCCACGUCCUCAGCUACAGCCUCCUCCUGAUGCUCAGCCCCUACAGCGUGAUCGCCUUGGCCAUCUUGUGGCUGCUGGCGACAACGUGGUCACACCUGCUUCAAACCCACUUCUGCUCAACCAGAAGUCACGAGAUGCUCUACCGGGCCGUGGUGGGGUUCAUACUGACGUUCACCUUCUUUAACGUGAAAGGUCAGGGCACCAGAGUAGCCAUGAUAGUCUAUUACUUUCUCUACUCUCUUAUCAACAUGACAACACCGUUACUAUUGCUUUUGCUGAUGCCUGAGGUGCAGACGGCCACGUUCUUUCUUGGCAUCACAGGAUUAAUUUUUGGAAACUCCGUGCUGGGGCUGGUGUUUUUGGUGCUGUACUACCUCCACCUGCACCCCAGGGAGAAGAAGCGUGAGGCCGACGAGGUGGACGGACUGAGAAAGGAAGCAGAGACUGGGAGGAUAAGACACUUUUUGCAACCUUGAUGAAGAAUGGUCAUAAAUAUAUGAUGUAAUAUAAGCUGCUGUUAGUUAUCUCAUGUCCUGAGGUUUCCAUUAUUAUGCAUGAUGCAGUGAAGUGCAACCUAUGGUACUUUGGAUAGUAUGUACAGUAUAUACAGUAUGUAUUCCAUAUUUAUUGAAUAAUAUAUACACACUGGUAUCAGUCUGCUGCUGCUCAGCCCAAUAUUCUCUUUCAUUUGCAUUUAAAUUGUGGGCUACAAA